AUGGUUGCGUGUACACAACCUUUGGCUGCAGAAGCCGGACACAGAAUACUUAGACAAGGAGGCAAUGCUGCUGAUGCUGCAGUUGCAGUCGCGGCCGCUCUCAACGUUACCGAACCCGCCUCGACCGGAAUAGGAGGUGAUAUAUUCUGCUUGUUCUACGAUGCGAAGACCAAGAGAAUUCAUGCUUUGAAUGGCUCAGGCCGGUCUACUGCCAAAAUUGAUCUCCCAACUCUACACAAGGAAUUGGGUGUAAAGCAUGGUCAAAAAGGCUCAAUGCACUACCUGAGUCCACAUACUGUGACAGUACCAGGGGCGGCUGCUGGAUGGGUAGACACAGUUCAGAAGUUUGGCAGCAAAAAAGUGUCAUUGGAACAAAUUUUGACACCAGCUAUCGAGCUAGGAGAGGACGGGUUUCCCGUCUCGGAGCUUUGCGCAAGAUUAUGGAGUGAAUCUGAAGACAUUCUACGAAAUGCAUCACCUAAUUUCCGAGAACUUCUCAAACGCGAUCCCAAGGCCGAACAUUUCGCUCGUGCCCCCAAGGUCGGGGAAGUAAUGCGUAAUCCAACACUGGCAAAGACAUUUCGAACGUUGGCAGCCGAGGGCAAGAAAGGAUUCUAUACUGGUAGGAUCGCUCAAGCAAUCACAGAUGUGGUCCAGCUAUGUGGAGGCUACUUGGACGUUGACGAUCUCAAACAUCAUAUGGACGUGGGACCUCAUCACGCGGAUCCGAUGUCUAUCAAACUUACUGGCCAUGGUAUCGGCAAGCCCACAACGAAGAACGACGGGGCGGAUGCUGAGCUUGAACUCUGGGAGCACCCGCCUAAUGGCCAAGGUAUCGUUGCUCUUAUGGCUCUCGGUAUCCUCCAGGAGCUCGAGAAAUCCAGAGCCAUUCCUUCUUUCUCGACCUCUAAUCACAACUCUACCACCUACCUCCAUGCCGUCAUCGAGGCCCUUCGUAUCGCCUUUGCAGAUGCAGGCUGGUGGGUAACAGACCCACAUCCAGAACACAACCCUAAUCUCAAAAAGCCCACUGACCUUAUCUCCGAACACUACCUUGCGGAACGAGCAAAACUCUUCUCCCCCACAAAGUGCUCAGACCCAGUGCACGGUGAGCCCAGUCCAGCCCAGAAUUCCUGCGACACCGUUUACUUCUCCGUCACUGAUGCCGAAGGUAACGGCAUCAGCUUCAUAAAUAGCAUCUAUUCCUCAUUCGGCAGCGGCAUCAUUCCAGAGGGAUGCGGUUUUACGUUGCAGAACCGAGGUGCCAACUUCCAGCUGGGCCCAGCAGAUCAUCCGAACAUCUACGCCCCAAGAAAGCGACCGUACCAUACCAUCAUUCCCGCAUUGGUUACGAAGGGUGGUGCCGAGAACAGACAGCUACAUUAUGUGUACGGCGUGAUGGGCGGCUUCAUGCAACCGCAGGGCCAUGUUCAAGUCUUGAUGAACAUGGAGGUAUUUGGGAUGGAUCCACAGCAAGCGCUGGAUGCGCCGAGAGUGUGCAUUGGAGCGGGCAUGCUAAAGGAUGCAGAUGUCUUUGACCGGACAGUGUAUCUAGAGGAAGGGAUAACGCAGGAUACGGUGGCAGGCCUCGAGAAGUUGGGGCAUAAGGUCAAGGUGCUGAACAGGUUCAAUGCUGUUUUUGGGAGGGGCCAGAUUAUUAAGUGUAGGAAGGAUGAGGAUUUGGGGAGGUAUGUCGAAAUGCUCGAGCAACAACAAGCACAAUUAGUGGCAGGCUUGCAGGAAUUAUAUCGACGAACACAAAACGGACAGGGUUGGGAAGGACCUCCAUUGAAGGAGUCGAGCAACGGCACCCCGUUGACACACGACAUACUGGAAAGGCUGGGCGCUCUCAGGUCUAGGAGACACAAUGUAGACGCAGAGCAUUUCGAGGAAGAUUUCAACUCGUUACAACAACGACUGCUUGCGAAUGGAGCAGGUUUGUUGCAGCGGACACCGUCGGAUAGCAGCUCUGACGCCUGUCUUUCACCCACCUUCAGCCAAGGAUCCCGCAAACCACCAACAAGAGACCCACUUUCGUUCAGCAAGCUUCCUCCAACCCCCCCAACCUACAGCCCUUUUUCUCAACAUGCAUCUCCCACUCUAUCAGUGGACAGCCCCAACGAGAAUCACUCUCCGUCGCUGCAGAGAGUUGUCGAUGAGGGCUUGCAGCAACACCAGGCAUGGGCUUCGUCGAAUAUGGUCAUUGAUACCACGGAUGCUGUGAAUCAAUUUGGAUCAUCCAUUGAUUUCGCUGCUAUGCCGAGUCUGUCUCACACUUCAGCAAUACCAAAUGGGACCAUCGCACCUUGUCUGUCAAUGCGCGACUGGAAUCGUGACAUCGAUUUUCAUAGGUACUUCACAGCAGCUAUGAUGUAUUGA